GCCCGGAGCUGCUGGGCCAGAGCGGCGGCGCCGCCAUGUCCGACAGCGAGAAGCUCAACCUGGACUCUAUCAUCGGGCGCCUGCUGGAAGUGCAGGGCUCGCGGCCUGGAAAGAAUGUACAGCUGACAGAGAACGAGAUCCGUGGUCUGUGCCUCAAAUCCCGGGAGAUUUUCCUGAGCCAGCCCAUCCUUCUGGAGCUGGAGGCACCCCUCAAGAUCUGCGGUGACAUCCACGGCCAGUACUAUGACCUUCUGCGGCUGUUCGAGUACGGCGGCUUCCCUCCAGAGAGCAACUACCUGUUCCUGGGGGACUACGUGGACCGGGGCAAGCAGUCUUUGGAGACCAUCUGCCUGCUGCUGGCCUAUAAGAUCAAGUACCCGGAGAACUUCUUCCUGCUCCGUGGGAACCACGAGUGUGCCAGCAUCAACCGCAUCUAUGGCUUCUACGAUGAGUGCAAGAGACGCUACAACAUCAAGCUGUGGAAAACCUUCACUGACUGCUUCAACUGCCUGCCUAUCGCUGCCAUUGUGGACGAGAAGAUCUUUUGCUGCCACGGAGGCCUGUCCCCCGACCUGCAGUCCAUGGAGCAGAUUCGGCGUAUCAUGCGGCCCACAGACGUGCCUGACCAGGGCUUACUGUGUGACCUGCUGUGGUCUGACCCCGACAAGGACGUGCAGGGCUGGGGCGAGAAUGACCGCGGCGUCUCCUUUACCUUUGGAGCGGAGGUGGUGGCCAAGUUCCUGCACAAGCACGACUUGGAUCUCAUCUGCCGGGCACACCAGGUGGUAGAAGAUGGCUACGAGUUCUUUGCCAAGAGGCAGCUGGUGACACUCUUCUCAGCUCCUAACUACUGCGGCGAGUUUGACAACGCAGGCGCCAUGAUGAGCGUGGACGAGACGCUCAUGUGCUCCUUCCAGAUCCUCAAGCCCGCCGACAAGAACAAGGGGAAAUAUGGGCAGUUCAGUGGCCUGAAUCCUGGAGGCCGGCCCAUCACCCCACCCCGCAACUCCGCCAAAGCCAAGAAAUAGCCUCCAUGUGCCCGCCCUCUAUCCCAGAUGGUGGAUUGUACAGAAAUCACAUGGCCACAGGGGGGGUCACACUGGCCCCCAGGCCCACUUGUCAUGGGGAACACGGAGCCUUGGUGUAUUUUUCUUUCUUCCUUUUUUUUUUUUUUUUUUUUUUUUUU